AUGACUACCGGAGGGCCAGCUGAUGGAGGCUCCCACCCCGAUGGCGAGUCCCAACAUGAACACCUAAGUGAUAAGAUCAAGAAUCCCUUCCGUGAACUACGGGAGAAGUUCAACGACACGAAGCUUCACGACUUGAAAGUUGGCCUGAUUCACAAGAAGCACACAAUCGGGAAAUUCGCCAAUCUGAUCAAUCCCAACCACCGACACGACGAGGAGCACGAGAAGGCUACCGACGAGAAGAGAGCCAAAAUUGCGCAAUCGCAUAGAUUCGAAUCAUUUGCGCCCGAACGGCCGGGGAAUAAUAUAAAGUGGUAUGUCGAUGGAAGGGAUUACUUCUGGGCUGUCUCAGUUGCUCUCGAGCGAGCGAAGGAGACCAUUUACAUUGAAGAUUGGUGGCUCUCGCCCGAAUUGUUCUUGCGCAGACCUCCAUAUUUUAACCAGGAAUGGCGUCUGGAUCAGAUUUUAAAGCGGAAAGCAGAAGAGGGCGUCAAGAUAUUUGUCAUUGUGUAUCGUGAAGUCGAGGCUGCUCUCACCUGCAACUCUGAUCAUACCAAACGCGUCCUUGCAGCUCUAUGUCCCAAAGGCUCAAAAGGCUAUGGAAACAUCACAGUCAUGCGCCAUCCUGACCAUAAUGUCCUUGAGAACGCAGCAGAUAUGACCUUCUACUGGGCACAUCACGAGAAGUUCAUAGUCAUAGAUUAUAAUAUUGCCUUUAUUGGUGGUUUGGAUCUUUGCUUUGGGAGAUGGGAUGCUCACCAGCAUGCGCUUUCCGACGUCCAUCCCGCGGGUGUCGCGACAGAAGUCUGGCCUGGUCAGGAUUUCAACAAUAACCGUGUCAAGGAUUUUCAGAAAGUCAACGAUUGGAAAUCAAACGAACUCUCCAAGGCCGAAUAUGGACGCAUGCCAUGGCACGAUGUUGCGAUGGGAGUGGUAGGAGAUUGCGCCUACGACAUUGCUGAACACUUUGUACUUCGAUGGAAUUUUGUUAAACGUGAUAAGUAUAAGCGUGACGACAGAUAUGAUUGGCUAGUGUUGGAGGGUAGAGACGGCCCUGAUGAAGAUUUGGUUGGCGUUCAGAGGCCCAAACAUCCUGUCGGAGAGUACAUCCAACACCCCUUAACCCCAUUGAGCGGGAAGGACCUGGGCAGUCAGCAAGGUACCGUCCAUGCACAAAUUGUCCGAAGUAGCUCAGAUUGGUCCAGUGGGAUCCUCACUGAGCACAGCAUUCAGAACGCAUACUCAGAACUCAUCAGAAACGCUGAGCACUACGUCUAUAUUGAGAACCAAUUCUUUAUCACGGCCACUGGUGACAAACAGGCCCCGAUUAAGAAUACUAUUGGACGAGCUAUUGUUGACGCUGUUGUGAGGGCCGAUAGAGAGGGCAGAAAGUUCCGUAUCAUUGCGUUAAUUCCGUCAAUUCCAGGAUUUGCUGGUGAUCUACGAGACGAUGCAGCUAUCGGGACGAGAGCUAUCAUGGACUACCAGUACAAGUCGAUUUGCAGAGGGGAACACUCGAUAUUCGAGCAAAUUAAGGCACAGGGAGUUGAUCCUACGAAAUAUGUCUUCUUCUUUAACCUCAGGUCGUAUGAUCGUCUGAACACAACCCCAGCUAUCAUUGAGAAGGAAGAGAAAUCAGGCGUUAAGUAUCAGGAUGUCCAAAAGGCAGAAGCUGAGGAGAUCAUGAGCACGGGUGUCCAUGAUGAUGCAGAUACCCAAAAGGGCCAGGAUGGUAAAUUGAAGGAUACUGAUUCAGGCGACGAGUCAAUGCAGAAGGCAACAGAUGCUAAACGGAAGUUUGAGCAGGCUGGGACUAAUAAGCAGCCCGAAAGUUCCGACAGCGUUGCUAAGAAUGCUAUGCACAGGCAGGGAACUCUAGUUGACGAGAAAUGGGAUGGGCCUUUGGAGGACGAGGUCGAUAAAUGGAUCCAGGAAGAGUUAUACAUUCAUGGGAAAAUUAUGAUCGUGGAUGACAAGACUGUCAUAUGUGGAAGCUCCAAUCUGAACGAUCGUUCGCAACUUGGGCUCCACGACAGCGAAUUGUCCAUCGUUAUGACGGAUACCAGGACUAUCAAGAGCAAAAUGGCAGGGCAAGAUUUCGACGCUGGUUAUCAUGCUGCAACACUGAGAAGAUAUCUAUGGCGAGAACACCUCGGUCUUCUUCCUCCACAGGAACUCGAAGCGUCAGAUGACCCCAAUGCGCAACCGCCUGACGUUCCCAACGACGUUAAAGAAGAUGAGACGUAUGAAUUUGUCGCCGAUCCACUCAGUGACGAACUUUGGGACACAUGGAUGACUCGAGCAACGAAGAAUACCGAAAUCUUUCGACGGCUUUUCCAUGCUGAUCCUGAUGACUAUGUGAAAAACUUUGACGACUACGAUAAAUUCUUACCUCCGAAGGGCAUCAAGGCUGGUCAUAUCUAUGAUAGGAUGAUCCCACCUGAUGAAAUUCGCGAGAAACUUGACCAGAUUAAGGGUCAUCUGGUUUUGAUGCCGAUGGACUUCUUAAAAGAUGCACAGAUGGCCGAACCUGGCUUACAAGUCAACUCCUGGACGGAAAGUGUUUACACUUAA